CCCCGCCGGUCGGUUGCACCGCUAUAGGAUCUUUGGGCUGCACCAUGUCGCUGCGGGCGCGUUGUGUGUGCGUGUGCUGCAGCCGGGGGCUGGUCGCCGGCAUCCCCGCCACCCACACCCACCCUCGCCCUCGCCCUCGCUGGACACGCCUCAAAAAAAUCGGAAGAUAUGCUCUCCCGGUCGUUGUGGGUGGGUGCAUGUUUAUUACAUAUGAAAUUCUGGCACUGGGAGAAAAUGUGACGCUUGAUACACAGGCUGUAGAACGCGAGAAACUGAAAUCCUACAUCUACAUACAGACCGCUCCACUGGAACAGCAAGGGUUGCAAGAAAUUACAAGAAAAGUUCAGAAGGGACUGCACAGGGUAGUUAAAAGACUGUUGCAAGCUACAGCAGAUAUUUUUUCGUUGCCACUGGAUGAGAACAACAUGAAACCAGAGGUGGACGAUGACUCUGGUUUGUGGCUGCUUUUAAAACGGGCUCGAUCGACACUUAAAGCCGUGCGAGUUCACGCUGUGCAAGAACUGGCAAAGAAACAUCACUGGCACGACUACCAAUAUAGAACUGUGGCCCAGGCUUGUGAUCAGAAAACCAGAAUAGGGCUGGCCAGAAUGAAAGACAUUGACCUUCGCUUCUUUUUACGCCCUCCUUUACUGAAAGCAAUUGAGGACUCGUACAUUGAAGAUGAACUUCGACGUCUCCUGGCCUGCCUACCACAGUCUGAAGUGGAUCAGUGUGUGCAGUACUUUACCUCACUGGCUUUAAGAGAGAGUAAUCAGUCUAUGUCAGCGCAAAGGGGUGGCCUAUGGUGCUUUGGAGGAAAUGGCCUGCCUUAUGCACAGAGUCUGAGCUCUGUUCCCAGUGAGAAGGUUGAAUCAUUUUGUCUGCAAGCUCUCGCUAAACAUUCUAAGGUUCCCAGCCACUGUGAUGCCAUUGUAACAAAUGGAGGCUUGCAGUUACUGCAAAAAAUUUAUCAGCUGCGUCAAGACUCUCAAAAAAUUCAAAGGAACAUAAUUCGGACAAUUGGAAAUUUGGCUUUAAAUGAGCGACUGCACUCAGCCAUCGCACAGUCAGGAUGGAUUGGCAUACUGGCUGAGGUGAUGAAAUCCCCGCAUGUUAUCCAGGCCUCGCAUGCUGCAAGAGCUUUGGCAAACCUUGACAGAGACACCAUGGAAGAGAAGUACGAAGAUGGAGUAUAUAUCCUUCAUCCUCAGUACAGAACAAAUCAGCCAAUCAAAGCAGACGUUCUUUUUAUUCAUGGCCUGCUGGGAGCAGCUUUUAAAACAUGGCGGCAGAAGGAUUGCAGUGACAUGGAGGAUAAGAAUGGCGAUUACACGGAAUGUUGGCCGAAGGCAUGGUUGGCUGCAGAUUGUCCCAAUCUAAGGAUAUUAACAGUGGAGUACGACACUCAGCUCAGUGACUGGAGAUCCAAGUGUCCUGUGGAGAAUGAGAGGAAAUCCUUGGCCUACAGAGGCCGGGAGCUACUGACUAAACUGAAGGCUGCGGGUGUUGGGGAUAGGCCGGUGGUGUGGGUGGCACAUAGUAUGGGAGGCUUGCUGGUCAAAAAGAUACUUUUAGAUGCUUCAGAGGAUCCUGAAAUGAAGUCAGUGGUUCAGAAUACCCAAGGGAUUGUAUUUUACAGUGUACCUCACAGUGGAUCUCACCUGGCUGAGUACUCUGUGAAUGCUCGUUUCCUACUGUUCCCUUCUGUUGAAGUCAUGGAGUUGAGUAAAGAUUCGCCGUCUUUGACAGAACUGAAUGAUAAUUUCACCAAGUUGAUAAAGGAACAAGAAGUUAACGUUCUGAGCUUUGGAGAAAAGCUACCAACAAACAUUGGCAGUAUGAUCAAACUACACGUGGUACCUCUCAAUUCAGCAGAUUUGGGGAUUGGGGAUUUUAUUCCACUGGACGUUAAUCAUCUGGAUAUUUGCAAACCCAGAAACAGAGACUCCUUCAUAUAUCAGCACAGUUUGAAAUUUAUAAAAGAUGCUCUGGCACAAGAACUCAAAAGUUGAAUCACUACCUUAUUCGGACCACUCCGAGGUGCCAAAGUUUUGACGUAAAUGGAUCCUACCUUCCAUGGUGCAUUCUAGUAUAAUUUCUUCCUUUAAACAAAGCUUUUAAAAUAUCAAGAAUGAUAAGUCAAGGAUUAAUUUAAUAUUGUAUAUAAUAAAUGACUAUGUAUUCUGUGGGUUUACUCAUGUCAGGCUAACAACUUUCAAAUAGGUAUUUUGUUUGAAGUUUAAAAUAAUAGAUAACCAUGUAUAAAAAUGUCGCUUCAAAAUUGCAAUAAGCAAAACAUUUAUUUAUUAUUGACUGGAACUAUUGGAUUAAUUUAACUUUGCGCUGUGACUGUUGCCUAUUUUGUAAUGUUGAAAUUUUAAUUUGCUUAAUUUACAUUACAUCGCGUCGUUUUCUCCUAGAGCUGUCUUUGCUGUACCUAAGGUACACAAAAAUGCUGGAGAAACUCAGCGGGUGCAGCAGCAUCUAUGGAGCGAAGGAAAUGGGCGACGUUUCGGGCCGAAACCCUUCUUCAGAUAUUAGUCCAACAUUAUGCCUACUUUGCUGUACCUAAUUUGGUAUACACUAUUUGGCAGACCGUAUAAGAUACCUGUUUAUAAAAAAUAUUUAACUAGGUAUGUCAAGGUAAAAAAUAUUUAACUAGGGUUGUAGUUAACCUUCCCACACUUAAAUUUUUUUUUUUAAAUGGUAAUAAACUAAUGUUUAUUGAUAUUAGUCCAACACUCUUUGAUGCAAAGGUGUAGCCAUAGGCACUUACUUGAGCCCCAGCUAUGCCUGUCUUUUUGUUGGUUGCAUCAAACAGUCCUUGUUCCAAAGAUACUAUGGCCCAAUUCCCCAACUCUUUCUCUGCUACAUCAAUGACUGCAUCGGGCCUGCUUCCUGUGCAGAACUGAUCAACUUUACUCCUAACUUCCAUCAUACCCUCAAAUUUACUCAGACAAAUCUUUUUCCUUUCUCUAUCAAUCUGUCUCCAACACAAGAGACAGACAAUGGACUGAUGUCUACUACAAACCCACUGACUCCCAGUUAUCCUGACCACACCUGUAGAGAACAUGUUGACUGAUUGCAUCAUGGCCUGGUUUGGCAACUUGCCCACUGCCCUUUACCUCACCUGAGUGGAUCACAAUCGAGACGGUGUGGGCCACAUAAUACGACCGCCCUCCCAGGUGGUGACAGGCACUGCUGCUCAAAGCUGGCCACCCCCAUUGGACCAGGCACCUGCCAUUCUGACAAAUCAAUGUUCCUCCAACUGAUUUGUGUUUUGCACAAGAUUCCAGCAGCUGCAGUCUGUCUUGGGAUUGUGGAACUGCCCGGAUCUCUCUGUAAAGACUCCUCAUAUGAUCAACCCAUCCAUUCCAGCUCUUAAUCUAAUCAACCUACCCGAAUUGUUUCCAGUGCCUAUACAUCCCUCCUUAAAUUAGGAAUUCAAUGAGACACAUUACUCUGGAAGUUGACACUGGCCCAUGUCAGGAGAUGCUACGACUAUUCAAAGGUUUCAAAUGUCUGUUUAUUGUCACAUGUACCAAUCAACGUACAGCGGAUUCUUCAUUGUGAUGGGAGGCAAUAAAGUCUUAUAAAGUUCAAGUUCUUUCACAAUAAACAAUAUUCUGUUAACUUUC